AUGGCUAGCGAAAUCAAGCGUGCCGUUGUCUGCGUCUUCUGUGGCUCCGUCUCCGGCAACGACCCAGCCCACCUCGAAGUCGCCCGCGCCCUCGCCCACGAAUUUCACAAACAUAACAUCCAACUCGUCUACGGCGGCGGCACAUCAGGUCUAAUGGGCGAAAUUGCCCGCACCCUUGUGCGCCUAUCUGGCCCCGAGUCCGUCCACGGCGUAAUCCCCCGCGCCCUGAUCCGCAUAGAACCCGGUUACGACAACGCCCAAAAGGCUCAAGAACAAGAACACAAGACCAUGUCUCACGGCAAAGAUGCAGAGCGUGUGCUCAACGACCCCAUCAGCAAGGCUGCGUUGCUGCAGGAGUCUGAAUAUGGGGUGACGACUAUCACGGCGGACAUGCAUACGCGGAAGAGGUUGAUGGCGACGAAAGUUAUGGAGGGAGGUCCGGGGAGUGGGUUUGUGACACUUGCUGGUGGAUUUGGGACGAUUGAGGAGGUUAUGGAGAUGACUACUUGGAAUCAGUUGGGGAUUCAUCGGCGGCCGAUUAUUUUGAUGAAUGUUAAUGGGUAUUGGGAUGGGUUGUUGGCGUGGGUAAAGAAUGCGGUUGAGAAGGGGUAUAUUGGGCCUGCUAAUUCGCAGAUUUUGGUAGAGGCUAAGGAGGUUAAGGAGGUUUGGGGGAAGCUCCUUGGGUAUAACUCUAGUUGUGGACAGAUGCAGCUGAACUGGGGUGAUGAGUAG